GUCGCGGUCGGUCGGUCUGGGCGCUGGGAUGCCAAGGUUUUUGGCAACGUGUAAUAUUGGCGCAAAGUGUGUUGUUCCUAUAUUGUUGCGUGCUUAAGAUUGUUUCUUCGUCUUUUUGUGACUCAUUGUAGCGAUAGAACAUCUUUCAGGCCGCUCUGAAUUUAAAAUUGUCAACUAAAAACCGUUACAGAGAGGGCAGUGCAAGUGUUCCGCCAGCGAAAGGGAUGCUACUAAAGCAGAAGCAUAGCAGGAGGAAAAGUGCUGUCAAGUGUUAUCAAAGAUAUGAGCAAAAGGUCGCUCCAUUCUCUUUGAAGUAUUACCGCACAAAAUGCAUCCUUCAUCUUGAACGUUUCGAGUAGCAGACCGAGUCCUUUGAUUCCAUGCCGUACAUCCUGCCGGUGCACUCCGGGACCGCGGUGUACUAGUGGAUCGUGUGCACGCACCAGUGUUAGUGUGCGUGAGUACACGUGUGUGUUGGAGAGAGAGAGAGAGAGAGAGAGAGUAAGGUGUGCGCUCGGUUCAUCCAUCCGCCGCUGUCUGCGAGAAGAUACUACUAAGAAGCGAGUGUGCCAGUGAGUGAGCGAACGAGCGAGCGAGCGAGCAGAGCACUAGAAGCGGAAACAGGAAGCCAGCUGGGCCUGGGGCAAGGAUCGUAUUCGCCUUCUCCCCGCCUUUGGGGGGAGUGACUACUGGGCGAGCAGCGAUUGUGAAAUCUUCGUGAGAAUCGACACUUGGCCGUGCUCGCGAGUGGAGGUGUGCGCGUCCGUCCGCGUCUUUGGCAGCAGCAAAUCAGGGGGUGCAGUCGUGCGAUCCGCUGCUGACUAGUGAGGAAGAAUUUCGCCAUCGUCAUCAUCAUCAUCAUCCGGAAGCUGCGUUGCGGUCACACGGCAACGGGGCUCCGGGUGUUUUUCCGCGUGUUUGGAGCAAACAGUGAAAACCGUGUUUUCGAGCUCUAUGAACCAAAGGGCCUAAUCCGUUGGGCCAGCAGCAGAGUGUGAGGCGUGUGCGUGCGCGCGUGUGUGUCUGGUGUGUCCGAGUUGACCGAGGAGCCACCGAGAUGUUGCUGCUGAGGAAAAACCUUCUCUGCUGGCUGCUCCUGUCAGCCAUUUUGCUGAAAACGGUGUACUGCGUGCCAACGGCAGCCGUCACCGAGGCCGAUGACGAGAACGAUUCCGAAUGGGACGAAGACGAAGAGUCGUCCGAGGCGGACGAUGAUGGACGUGUUUACAAGAAUCCAAGAAACUCCCCUUCGACCGAGUGUCCACGGGACGAGGAGCAGGCCACGUUGCUGGGCCAGAAGUGUCUCCGCAAGUGCUCGUCGGAUGAGGACUGUAAGAGCAAAAAGAAAAAGUGUCUGUGCGACGGUGCGUGCGGUAUGUCGUGCAUCAAGCCGGACCGCGAGUGUCCGGAUCUGCCGCAACCGAGCCUCGGUACGGUGACGCUGUCCGGGAAGCACUUUGGUUCCCGUGCCACCUAUACCUGUCCCCAUGGUUACCACGUGGUGGGGCUGCAGAGCCGACUCUGCCAGGCGGAUGGUAGCUGGGCCGGCAGUGAACCGGUUUGCAAGCAGAACAUUUACUGUCUGGAGCCACCGACCAUCGAGCAUGCUAGACACUCGGCCCUUCCGGAGCAAGCGACCUUUGAUCUCGACUCGACCGUGCAGUACCAUUGCCACACCGGUUACGCUACGGCUGGCUUUCCACGGGCCAAGUGUUUGGCCGUCGAUGGGCAGGCGAGCUGGUACGGGCCGGAUAUCUCCUGCGAGCCACGUUCCUGUGGACAGCCACCGGAUCCGGCGCACGGUUGGCAUGCGGGCGAGAGCUACACGUUCGGUGGCAAGGUCACCUAUCACUGUGGCGAAGGGUAUGAGCUGGUUGGGCGUGCCGAACGCUACUGCCAGGCCGAUGGAUCGUGGACGCCGAAGGAGUUACCAACCUGUGUUCUGGUUACAUCGGUACAGUGCCCCUCGCCGGAAAACCCACGGAAUGGCAAAGCCAUCUACACGAGCACCUCGUACAAUUCUGUGGUAAGCUACGAAUGUCGCUAUGGUUACACACUGGUCGGUGAGAGCUCACGGCGUUGCGGUGCCGAUAAACGGUGGACUGGUACCCUGCCGGCAUGUAAAGAAAUCAACUGUGGCCACCCGGGCACCCUGUACAAUGGGUGGCUGGAGAACAUCGAAAGCGGAACCGGCCUGGGAGCAAGCAUCAUCUUCCGCUGCCACCCGGAGAUGCUGCUCGUCGGUAACACAUCGUCCGUAUGCCAGAUCGAUGGUCGCUGGCGGUAUCCGUUGCCACAGUGCCUGGCACCAUGCGUCGUACCGUCGAUAUCGCAGGGCCAGGUCAUACCGAUCGAGUUCGAUAUCGAUGUGAAUGCGACGACCAUCGUACCAUCGGGACCGGCUAGUAGUAGCUCGAAGGUGAAGCACGGUACCGUGCUGGAAGUGAUCUGUGACGAGCACUACGAGUUCCCCUUUUCAUCGCUGUCACCACCGACCUGCAACAAUGGCACGUGGAGUGUGAUUCCGCGCUGUGCUCCGGCCCGCUGCAAGACGAUGCCCAAACCGCCCAAGUUCGGAAUGGUGCUGGCACCGAAAACGGAGCACGGUAUGCGGGCACGGUUCAAGUGCAAGGAUGGGUACAACCUGACGGCACCGGGCGGUAAGGGUAUUCCGGAUCCGAGCAACUACGUGCUGAUCUGUUCGUUCGGUAACUGGACGGGUGAGAUGCCACAGUGCACGGAGGUGUACUGUCAGUUCCCGGGUUACAUACCGAACGGGAAGGUGCUGCUGGUGGGCAACAUGGGCCUCUAUGACUAUCGACCGUACGUGCGGAAGGUGAUCAACAACAAGCAGAUCAUGUACGAGUGCGACAAAGGGUACGUGAUCGAGACGGGUCCACCGGGGGCCACCUGUAUCGGUGGUAAGUGGAGCCCGAUGGAACUGCCGAUCUGCACUCCCGGGCAGCAUCCACGGUUGCGCUGGAACCGUCGACGGCGUUCACUGGACCUCCGGAGACGCUUCCACCGAUCGAACCAUCUCAAGCAACACUAUCGUUAUCUGCAGCGCAAGCUCGAUGAGCACGAUGCUUACCACCGGAUGUGGGGUUCGGUGCCGGAACCGCAUGCGCACCGAGUGAAACGAUCCCCACCGAUGGUUCCGUACCGGGGACAGAUACCGCACAAGCGGCACUACACUUUCGACGAUUUUCAACGAUUGCGCGCGAAACGUAGCAGCAAGACAAUGAAGAGAGGGCUGAUACUGAGGAGUGGCCGGGGUGACAGCUUUACGACGCGCCAGCGCCGCGAACUGACGGAAGUGGAGAAAGCGUACAGCAAGUACUACGAACGGAUCAAAGCGAAGUAUCGCAAUUACGUCCAGAAUCUGAUCGGCUCGAACAAGGCCCGCACGAUGCAGAUGCACGACGACAUCCAUGUGCAGGAUGGCCGAUGGCACGGGUAUCCUGAGGCGGACAUGAUCGGUCAUAACCGUGGGACGCAGAAUGGGCGUGAACGAGAGGUGAAACCGGUGGCGACGCGUACACCACCGACCACCCGGCGACCACGGCCCAACAAGGGCAAACAGAACAAACCGAAGAAACCGAAGGCACCGCCACCGAUCGCGAUCCCGGACAUUAACGAGCAGUCCCGGUAUCGGUUGGAUUUUAUCGAGAGCGGUGAGAACAAUAACCGGACGACGGGGCUGCUGAAUGAAAAUGACAUCUACAGCAACUACUUUCCGCCACCGCUGACGGGUCGGUAUCAUACGAGUUGGCAGUUCGCUUCGGAGGUGACACCGGGACAUCGGAACGAGGGCAAUAUGUAUCAUGGCCCGCGGCACCGGAGUAGCCGGAACCACAGUGAACAGUAUCCGGAUGAUCCGCUCACGCUGAUGGAGAAGCUUCAGUCGCAGAUUAUACGACGGCGCAAGCGUGAUACUACGCGGGCGGACCAACCGCUGGACAAUGGGUCCAUGGAGGAGACGAAACGGGGACAGAAGGGUAACCGGAAGGGGCUGAACCACACGGAUGCCGACAGUUUGGAUCCGGCGAAGAAGGUCAAGUUUAAGGGACCGUGCGAACCGCUGGCCAGUGAACCGUACGCCCAGCUGGAGAUCGUUCGUCCGGGCAAGGAUCCGAAUGAAACGUUCGGUCCGGGCACGAUCGUGCGGGUUGUCUGCACCAAGGGUUACGUCUCGAACAUUGUCAAUCCGAAUGCCACGUCCAAGUGCGUGCGGGGACGUUGGAAGCCUACGAAGCCGACUUGUAGUAUGAAGCCCUGCUUUGUACCAUCGACCGAACAUGGGAAGUAUUAUGAAGGUUCGGUUGAUCUGACGACGAUCGAUGCCGUUAAACCGACGACCGCUGCGUUGACACCGAUGGAGAUGAUUGAGAAUGGCAAGAUGAUCAACUUUCUGUGCGAUCAUGGCUAUAACACUCAGGGUCCAUCCAGUUUACGUUGCUGGAACGGUGAAUGGGCAAUCACCUCGCUUCCGGAGUGUCUACCGGCACCAUGCGUACUGCCACCGAUCAUGCACGCCAUGUACCAGGGUGGAUACCGUGCAGGACUGACGAUUGCACACGGCAGCUCGGUGAUGAUACAGUGCGAAAGUGGAAUGGGAAGUGUUGCUCCGGUGCAAAUGGACUGUGCCCUGGGCUCGCUUACACCGGAAACCAUCAACUGUGGGUACAUUUCGUCGAGAAAAUCGCGCGACGAUGACAGUAGCUCCAUCAUCGUGCUGGACGGUAAUAAUGUUACCUCCUCGGAGGAUGAGAAUGAUGGACGUGAGUGUGGACCACCGGGUAAGACACACGGUUCGCUGGUGUACAAAAAUGGCGAGCAGAUGGAUGAGGGCAGCGACGAAGGGUUCCCGUCCGGUACGGAGAUCACGUUCGACUGCAUCGCGUCGAUCACGGGCGAGCAGACGACCUGGAAGAUUAUCUGUGAGGAUGGUCAGUGGAUUGGACGCUCCAUGAACUGUGAGGACGAUGAUCCACUGUUCCAUCGGAUGCCGUCGGCGAAUGGGUCGUGCAUGUUCCGCAACAACGAACCGCACGUCGUCAGCUUCUACAACGAUCUGGAAAUCCGUGAGGACAUAGUAGAGUUCCCACCGGGAACGACGAUCAUAUCUAGAUGCGUCGACAUCGGCAAGUACGCAAUGAUUGGCACGAGCGUCCGGACGUGCGUGCGGUCGGAAUGGAGCGGCCAGAAGCCGUCCUGCUUCGGCCUGAACCAGGAGAAUGAUUACGCAAUGGAGAAACCCCCGACCAUCCUGAUACGCCACCAGAACGGUCCGAUCGCACAGAGCAACGAUGGUAAGCUGAUCGUCUAUCCGGGCACGACGGUGCACCUGGAGUGUCUGUGGAUGCGACGCUUCGGUAACCCGAAAUGGAACGUUAGCCACGAUUACCGCAAGUACCCGGAGGGCUGGAGCUCGGACGAGGGCCGCGAUCCACAGCUAGAGUUUCGCAUCAGCAUCAUGCACGCGGUCAAGGAUGACUCCGGGAGCUUCACGUGCGUAACGCCGGCACGCCAUACGCACACGGUCGAGGUGGUUGUGAAGGCGGUACAUUGCAACGAGAUACAGGUGCGUCGCGGUCUGUCGGCCAGCACCGCCGAAACGAUGAUGGGCACACGCGUCCUGUUUUCCUGCACCAACGGCAAUGCACUGAUCGGGACGCCCGAGAUCACCUGUCUGCCAAGCGGCAACUGGAGUGCACCGUUGCCAGUGUGCGAGAGCGUCGAAUGCGGCGAGGUUCCGAUAGCGCCCAACAGCAACGGUUCGGCACCGCGCGUCGCCAUUCUGUCGCGUGAGGUGGGUGGCCGUGCUGCCUUCUCCUGUCCACCGGGCUACGGAUUGCGGGGUCCGAGUGAAGCCAUCUGUCUGCCGACCGGUGAAUGGGGUGGACCGUUUCCAUCGUGCGUCGAGGUCCAGUGCUUCCAUCCCGGUGCACCACAGAACGGGUACGCCCAGGGUACACCACCGUACCGGGCCGGGGACGUCGUGCAGUUCAACUGUAACCCGGAGUACAUGAUGCAGGGUCAGCCCAUUAUCGCCUGUCAGGACAAUGGACGCUGGUCGGGCGGUUUGCCGAAGUGUGUGCAAGCGUGCUCGUACCCGGGCACGGCCAUCAGCGGUCGGAUGUCGUCGGUGAAGUUCUACUACUCGAUCGGCGAAAGCAUCACGUUCACGUGCGAUGCCGGGCUGGAGCUGCGCGGUGCCAAGAUGCUCAAGUGUCUCAAGAACGGCAAAUGGUCGAACGCCAUCCCGACCUGCGUCAACCCGGACGCGGUGAACGUGCGUACCGAUGCGAAGGGUGUCUUCAAGCGGGACAACUAAGCGACAAGAGCGCGAGACGCUUGGGUUUUUGGCGAGGACGCGAGGUUCGAGGUACAUAUUAAGGAUUUGUUGUAGUUCAAUAGAGACAAAGGGGGCGGGGGGCGGGGGAGGGAAGCCACACUUAUUCACUGAUAACACCCACACUGAUGACACAAAAGGUGGAUGAACUCGAAUGGCGUGGAAGGAGGGAGGAUGCGUGGUGCGGUUACUUAAUAAAACAAAACAAACAAAUACGUAAGGAUACGCAAGGAGAAGGACUUCUCCACAAUGGUUCACAUUUGGUUUGAAGCGGAAGCGGCGUCACGUGGCGUCUCAAUCAUCAUCAUCAUCGCGCACCACCCAUCCCCGUUGUCCCUUCUAUCGCCACCCAGGCGUUUGUACAUCAGUCGCAAACGGAAGCUUCCAUUACGCAGCUACUUCACUACUAGGCCGUCACGCUGGGAAGAACAACACGACGCCUAAUCAUCGUUCCGCUUCAUGCUCAAGGCUCAAGGCUUCGUUUAAUGGCUGGCUGGGAUCUGGGUUGUUGUUGUGGUCUAACGGUGGAUUAGGAAGCAGAAGUCACUUGUAACACAUAAACACUAUACGGACUUCUUCGUCCUAGCCGACGAUAGAUGGAAUGUGAAUGUUGUUGCAGCACAACGGUCUAGGGUUCGAUGUAUUCGGUUUCGAGAACGCUUUAAUUACUUUCAACCUCCCACCGCCACCGGGCCUGGAGCUUGUGGUCGCUUGUGUAGGUGUGGUCACUGGUCGGUCGUUGUUUAAUCCCGGGGCUCAUCCUCACCGUCCUCAUUGGGGAGUGGCACACCCGCCUGUCACUACGUCACCACCCCGCGAUGAUGGCGUUUAAUGUUGGGGAGGAUAUGUUGACCCGGAACGACGACUACGAUGAUGAUGAUGGUGAUGAUGAAUGAUGCAGAUGCGACAGAUUGUAACAUCCUGAUCGACAUCAGCCCAGGUCCACCGUUUGGUGUUUGCAGUUCGCAGAUUCAAUUUGCAUAUCGGCGAAAGCAGGCGAAAUGGAGGAAAACCGGGCAUGGGCAUUUAGUUUUUGCGGUCAAUUUGUUCGACUGUUCGAUCGGUGCUCCGUAUGUGUGGGUGUUUGCAUAUCAGCUUCAGGCGAUGGAAGGCGAUUAAUUAAUGACAGUCGCUAUCAUAAUUGAAGUCGGCCAAGGGUGACGAUGGACAGGAUAGGAAAAACAAUCCAAAAAAGAAAAGGGGGGAGACGGGAAAAAGUGGAACUGGCAUGCCGCACAAAUCGCAAUAUCAUCGCUCUCUCGCUCGCACCCCUCCCUUCCUCCCUCUCUUCAAAUGACAUCAAUUAGUGCACACACAUCGAUGCUAAUUUAUACGCAAAUUAAUCGCCCAAGUAAUCCAACAAAAAAACACCGCGCUGUCAACCAGUUUUUCCACCACGUGCCCUCUGUUACACUCAAACGCACGCGACGAGUGAUAGCGGCGGUGAGUGGUAGCACGUGUUUUUACAGACCCGAGGGGAUGUUUCGUUUUUUUAUGUGGUAUUCAUUGUGCGCUGCGUUGUGGUCGCGAGGUGUCACCAACUCGCUUGUGUCCACAACAGCCAGUGGUUAGUGCAUGAUUUGCGGUACCUCAUGACGAUGAUGACGAUGGGGAAAUGGUAGCGAUGAUGCAGAUUUGAAUUAAUGAUGAUACUGACCGACACUGAACGACACCGAUGGAGCGGAGGGAAAUGGAAAAGCGCAAAAGAAGCUUAAAAAAUGAUUUCAAACAUGUUUACAAGCCCGGUUAGUGCUUACAAGGCACUAACAGCUAUUGCUCUGUUUAUUCGCGUUAAAUAUUAAAACAAAACGAGAGAGAGAGAGAGAGAGAGAGAGAAAGAAAGAGAGAUAAAACCGAUCAGUAAUCUGUAAAUAAUGCUGGUGGAAUUCAUUGAACAUAUUAUAUAUACACACAUACAUGGACACACAUACAACAAGCAAAUAUACAUAUACAGAAAAAAGCAUAUAUACACGUAUAAAUAAA